AUGGACGUCGACGAGUCCACUCAUCCUCCCUCGAUCUGCUACGAAGAUGCGCACCCAGUCCCCAUGUCUCCAACAUCACCUACUUCACCUACUUCACCCAAGUCACCGUCAACCCACAUUUUCCCCAUCAUACACAAGAAAAAUCACAAAAACAAAGCAUCCGUCGACUCUACCGCAUCAGCUACUUCUCACGAUUCCUUCACGACUGCGCGUGAGGACCAUGGGGCUGAGGGAGAAGACAACGAGAAGCAUGGUAUUCUACACAAAAUCGGGACCGGCAUGCAGAAGGCAAGACCUUAUGUUGAGAGACUGAGCGGGACAUACGAACCCAUGCCUAUGAAGGAACCUGAGCGUACGAAGUAA